GGCGUCGGUCAAGGAGUUGCGAAUAAAAAAAAGUCGUGAAAUACUUCCAUUGACACACGUCUCUAUACUUCCGGAUUUUUUUUAAGUGAAGUUCUGAAUUUAAGGAUAAAAAUCGAAGAUGCUGAAACUCGUGGCAAUUAUUGCAUUAGCAUUCGGUGCUGUGGCCAUUGCUGCACCUACACAAGAAGCAACUGAGCCAAAAUCAUUCCUCGAGGAUGCUUUUGAUAUUUACGCUUCGUGCUCCGCUGAACCCGAUCUUUCAGUUUGUCUUAAACUCAAAGCACUACGUUUUGUCGAUCGUGCUGCAAGAUCGGCAGAUAUUAGCAUCGUUGAUGGACUUAAAAUCGUCCAAACUGAAGAAGCUAAAAGAAGCCGUGCUGACAAUGCUAGGUCAUUAAAUGACAUCGAAGCUACUUUACCUGCCGAAUCUGAAGCUCGCGAAGCUGCUGUUGAUGAAGCACUCGUUGAUAGAGCUGGCAAAUUCUUGUCAACCCACACCGUUGAAAUUAGUCUUCCUGAAGAAGUUUCUCGAUCUCUCGAUGAAGCUCGUGGUAAAAAGAAGAAAGUAAUGAAAUUCUUAGGACCAAUUCUUCUUCUUCUCAAAUUGAAAGCUGCCAUCAUAGUUCCUAUCAUCCUUGGUGCUCUUGCCUUAUUAGCCUUCAAGGCUCUGGUGAUUGGUAAAAUCGCACUUAUCAUCUCAGCCAUUUUGGCUUUCCAAAAACUCUGGGCUAAUAAGGGAGCUCAAAGCUACGAGGUCGUUGCUCAUCCUGUUGGCCACCAUGAUGAACAUCACGGCUGGGCAAGGUCAGCUUCAGGUUCUGAACUUGCUUACAGCGCGUACAAACCAGCUAACUAAACACAUCAUCCAUCGUUGAAGAUAAAUUAACGUUAGAAAAAAGAGAGAGAAUGAGAUUUAUGAGAGAAGAUGAAGAGAUUUUAAAAACGUUAUAUUAACGCUCAACUUCAGUAUCACUCACCGUGGCAUUAAGUCGAUCGAGCAAGAGAUUACAGAUGUCGAUUAAUCGGUAUAAAUUAUCACCUACGACUCUUACUUUAUUUUUUUCCACUGAAUAUUUAUUUUUCAUAGAGACGUGUAAUAGAAACUUUUAGAGACUGACAAUUAUAUCAACGUGACAGUGACAAGUACGACACGAGAAACAAGACUAAGUGCUCCGAUUAAUUACCAAAGAUCGACAUCUGGAUAAUCUUCGCUCAAUCAAUCGUGCAUGGUAUCCCUUCGAGUCCUUAGACAACAAAUAUUUUGACUCUUUUUUGAUUACUAAGUGACUCUUAGUCAGAUUCUUGCACACUUCACUAUUUCACCCAAUGAUUAAUUAUUUAUACCGAUUAAACUUGAUCGGAUCACUAUGUAACUUAUAUAUUUGUUAUUUAUAAAUAAAUAUAAUUUUUAUUUAAA